GUGGUGGUGGUGGUGAAGAGGUUAAGAAAACCAGACUCCCUGCAACCUUAGAGAGAAAUGCAUGUUUUGUUUUGGGUGUGCUGGGGAGCACUGGGAUACUUUGAGCAGGGAAUUACCUGGCGUGUCUCCUUUUUAAAGAAUUCUGGCUGCUGUAGGAGAACCAACUGUGUAAUCAGAGUGGAAGCUCCUGCCCUCAUGCAGGCAAGGGAGGGGAUUGGCCUGGAUCUGCGAGGAGCAGGUUCACAGAAGGUGUCAGUUUGGGGUAUAUUUUGGACCUAAAACCAAGCCUUGCUAAUGCAUGGAUGUGGAUAGGAAAAGAAAGGCAUCAAGCAUGACUCCUAGAUUUCUGGCCUAAAUGACUAGUUGAAUGGAGUUUGCAUGAACUGAUCUGGGAAAUACCAAGGAAGAGUGAGUUUGGAGAGGAAAAUUAAAUGAUCAUUUGUGGAUUUGAGAUGCCCAUUAGACAUCCAAGAGGGAAUGCAGGGUUGAUCUUGGGCUGUGUGACUCCGGAGUUUGGGAGAGAGGCCAGCACUGGAUGCUUGGAUCUGGGAGACAAAGUAAGUGGAUGUUAUUUAAGGCCAUGGGCCUGUAUGAGAUGGGAAGAGAUAAGUGUAGACAGAGGAGGGCAGCAGGUAGGACUGAGUUCUGGAACAUUCCACCAUUAGGAGGUUGAGGAUAUGAAGCAGAACCAGCAAAGGAGCUGGGCAGGAGUGGCCAGGGAGGUGGGAGGAUACCAGAAAGAGUGUGGGAUUUGGAAGCCAAUGGGAGCAAACAUCAAACAAUCCUGAGGAAUCACCAAUCCCAAGGAAGUGAGUAGAAGCCACUGGAUUCAGCAGUGUGCAGGUCACUGAGGACCCUGACCAGGGAAGUUUUGUGGAAGGAGGGACGAACCUGACUACAGUGGGUACAGAGAGUGAGAGGUGAGGAACUGGAGAGUACAAGUGUAGCCACUUUUACAAAAUUGACAUGUAACAUAAAUACGAUAAACAGAAAAAUCUCAAAGGUACAAGGAGCCCUCGUGGCACAGUGGUUAACCACUUGGCUGCUAACCAGAAGGUUGGUGGUUCGAACACACCUGCUGCUCAGUGGGAAAAAGAUGUGGCAGUCUUCCAUAAAGAUUUAAGGUCUUGAAAACCCUAUGGGGCAGUUCUACUCUAUCCUAUAGGGUCACUGUGAAUUGGGAUCAACUCGAUGGCAGUGGGUUUGCUUUUUUAGUUUUCAGAGGUACAGCUCAAUAAAUGUUGAAAUCUGUAGACCCCUGUGCACUGGACACCCAGGUGAAGAUAUAGAACAUCCCCACACCUCCAGAAGGCCACCUCGUACCCCUCCUAGCUGAUAAUUCCAGAGGUAACUACUAAUUUGAUUUCUAUUCUAUCCCAAUGAUUCCUUUUCCUUGUUGAAUGUAGACAACUUUUGAGAGAUUUUGCUGAUGGUUGGAACUCAGGUGUCAUGGGCAGAUCAUGUUCUCAUGAGGGUAGAGAGGAGACAGCUAGAGUUCAUGUGCUGUGUGUGGGGUAACAUACCCUGGGCCCAAUUUUCCUGGGCACUGUGCUUGCUCUGUCUCCAAGGACUGAGCGAUCAGGAUUUCCCCAAGCCUCAGUUUCCCCAUCUGAAUCUUUAUCCUCCUCCUUUCGUGUUCCGUUAGGGUUGUGGUAAUGAAUGGGUUGGGGACAGUGGGAAAUGGGAUUGUCUAUGCCUACCUGGGAUCUACAGCUUAGUCACCAGGGAUGGGCGGGGCUAGAAUCUGGUUGGUCCAGGAGUCCUGCCUGCCCAGCUGUGUCUGAGCAACUGACCUGGCAACCAGGUAAGCCUGUCAAACACAUCAAGCUUUCGGGAGUGCUGACUGUAUCUUCUGGCCACCAUGGAGCUACUCAGGCCCCUCGUGCUCCUUCUUGCUCUGGGUGUCUUUGGUGAGGAGCUGGUGGGUAGGGGAGCCCCAGUUCUCACCUCCAACUCCACAGUGGAGUUCUGGCCUUUCUUAGAUAAGCUACUAUGGAGGACAGGGACUGGGGAAGAGCCAGGAAAGGGCAGGGGUAAGAGCCUCUGACCCUCAUUUCUCAUCUUGGUUGCUUCCUCAACCAAGUCUGUGAAAUGAGCUGACCCACAUUUAGAUGUGGGGGACAGAGAAGGGCUUUGGCUGCUUGGCCCCAAGACUCUGCAGUAGACAGGCAGGGCUAUGCUCACAUCUGUGGUUCUGUGAGCAUAGGGGGGCCUCCGGCCUGAAUCACCUGCCCCUUGCAGACCUCCACAGCCAGCCCUGGUUCAUGAAUAUCUCUGAGAGCCUGGGCCCUGGCACAGUUCUUGAGCCUUUCCCCUUCAACUGCACCUCCUCUGCACCCACCUUGGAGCUGCUCUAUGUGCAGCCACCCACCACCUUCUUCAACCCACCCAGCCUCAGGAGGCAAGGCUCCUACUAUGUGGGCAUGGUGACUUUCAGCAGCUCGGUUCGGCUUGAUGCUCUAGCAGUAAACCACUACAGACUGCAGCUGCGAUUCAAGUGUGGCAUCCAUGUGACUGAGGGGCCACUCUUUUUGGAUGUGCAGCGGGAUCCCAGUCAUGUCCAGUGUGCAGGCCGAUUUGCCAGCCCAGCUGGGGAAAUCAUUGAGGUGCCAGAGACGGUCACACCGGGGGCCCGGCUGUACACUUUGCUGCUCCCGGGCCUGGAACUCAAAGGAGCCCAGAUGAGCAUCACCAGUGCCCAGGACCCUUCAUACUUCCCUGGAUCUUUCUCCAUCAAUCAGCAGGGUUGGCUGCAGGCGCCAGCCCAGGGCCUCAAAGGCCAGUCUCAAAAGGUCUUCCAGCUGCGGAUCUCAGUGGCCUUCGGACAGGGCCAAAACUGCCAGGGGAUGCUGACAGUGAAGGUUUUGCCUGUCCCCUCCAGUCAGGUCUCCUUCCAGCAGCCGGCCCAGAACAUCACCAUCCUCGAGAACCUAGCCCCCGGAGAAAAAGUGAUUCAGGUCCGGGCCCAGGGCUUAGAUGUGCGCUACGAAAUCGUCUCCCCGGUGCCCUGUCCGUUCUACUCCAUAGGACACGCCGACGGCGUGCUCCGCCUCACUGCGCCGCUGGAGUUAGCUCGGGCCCCGGUAGCGGCGUUCACCAGGCUGCAGGUGAAGGCCUUCGAGAGACUCCGCCCGUGGGCCAGCGCCGAGCUCGAUCUCACCGUCAGUGUGCGGUCGGUUAACCGCUGGCCUCCGCGUUGCCUCCCGGCGCUGCUGGUGGCUCAAAUCCCUGAGACCGCGCCCGUGGGCACUGUGCUGAACACUCUCACUUGCACCGACCCUGACUCUGCCAGCACCACCCUCGACUACCAGUUGUGGUUUCACAGCCCUCCCGGCCGGGCUAGCCUCUGCCUUCGCGACAGGGUCCUGGAGGUGAACACCACGCUGGACUGUGACACUCCAGGGGCCUGUUUCCAGCAUACAGCCUCCAUUCUGGUGUUUGAUGAUGGUCAGCCUCCCAUGACCACUGAGGUGCCAGUACUGGUGAUGGUGACACCCAUCAAUGAGUUCUCUCCAACCUGUGCCCCACGCACGUUCCGGGUUCGUGAGGAUGCAAGGCCCCAUGCACUGCUGGGUUCUGUGGUGGGCGUGGACAUGGAUUACCCACAUGACAGCAUUGAGUACUAUGCUUCUGGCAGGCCUGCCACCUUUACUGUGGACCGUCUCAGUGGGGAGGUUCACCUCCUGGGAACUUUGGACUAUGAGCAGCAGAGGUUGUACAGGCUCACUGUCCAGCUGAUUGACCAUGGCCAGGACCAGGACCCCACCAGCCACCGCUCAGGCUCCUGCACCAUUACUAUCGAAGUUGAGGAUGUGAACGACCAUGCACCUGAGUGUGAGCCCCCAUACCAGGAACUCACCAUCCACACACCCCCAGGCCGUAGUGUGGAGGUGAUCAAUGUGUCAUGCCGAAUACCCCAGGAGCCACAGCGCCUCACCUUCUCCUACAGCAUUGUAGGAGGGAAUACCCAGAGCCGAUUCAGCCUGAAAGGUGCCAUGCUGGUGCACAGCGACCCUGUUCCCAGCACCCCCUGGUCACAACAGCCCAACACCUACGAGCUGUUGAUCCGCGUGACUGAUGCAGGUCCCUCCAUCCCCCACCUCAGCACCACAGCCACCAUCAUUGUGCAUCUGGUUCCCUGGAGGGCCAGCACAGUGGCCACGAGCACCCACAGAACCACAAUGCCCUCAAUGAUGACACCCCUGCUUGUGACAGACACAAAGGUUUUCUGGCAGCCGGAGCCCUGGUUUGUGGUGGUGCUGACAGUGACUGGUGCCCUUCUCCUCUUUGCUCUGGGCUGUCUCCUCAGCAGGCUCCUCAGGGGCGUGGCCCCGUUGCUACAGACACCAAACAAAUCAGCCCAGGAUUUGCUGCUGAACAGCAUCCAGGGAACUGAGGGGUCCACUGAGGGGUUCAUGGAGGCACCAAGGAUGGAGACACCCCAGCAGUCUUUUGAUGGCAGAGCACAGGACCCCCGUGAGUCAUUCUCUUCCCAAACCGGUCUCUACCUGGGCCCACCUUCUCUCAUCCCAUCUCUAUAUCUCCUACCUCUGGGCAUCUGCCAUUUACCCUUUCCCUGAGUAGGGUCUGCUCUCCCCACUCAUUCUUCAGCCAACGUCCCCCCCGACUCAACCCUCAGCCAAUGUUGACUAAACACCUUUGGUGCCAGGAGAUGACCCAGAUCUGGUCUGGUCCCUACCCAUGGGGAGGGGAGGAUAUAUAGAGAGUCCCCCAGCUUACUGCAGUGUUAUUCGUGAAUUAUGGCAUAGUGAUCUGGCACUUAGGAGGGUUGGUAUCUAUUUUGGGGGUUCAUUUUUGGAGAAUCAAGGAAAUUUGCUGUGCAUUUGAGCCAGGCCUCAGAGGACUUCCUGAGAUGAGAAGGGAAGAAGAGGACAAGUUGGAUCCCAAAAGAAGUGGGGGGGAGGGUCACACCAAGGGUCCUGAAAUGCCUCCCCCUGCGUUCAGCGGAGGAGGCCAGUCCUGCUGAGCCAGUAUUGCUCUCUCUUUCUCAUCACCAUCUGGGCUCAGGUACAGGCAGAGAUUACCUGUUCAACACGUGCACAGGAGCCCGGCGCUGGCUCUGAGGCCAACCAGCUACGUCACUAUCAGUGGAAUUUCUUCUUCACAUGAUCAUGGGCUGGGUUUUCAAGUUGAUUCAGUAAUAAACAAAAUUACAAACAGAAAAGUUCCAGCCUUAUAAUGUACAUGUGGGAGAAGAUCUGAGAUUCCUUGUUCUCACUUGGAGAAUGCAUUACCUUAUGGGCACGCUCUAGGGAGUAGUAGGGUUACAGUUAUUUUUCUUUGGAGAAGGCAUUGUAUGGUACUCUGAUGGAUGUUCCACGAAGGUAAGAGGCUGUUAUCCUUGUCAGUGACUGAGGGGGCCUCCAGCUGCCUGUCCCCUCAGAGGUCACCUGCUCUGGCAGGUGGGGAGGGCCCAGGAAUUUCUUUUUCCCACAGAGAGGAGGACAUUGUUGCUGCUUGAGCAUCCUCCAGGGAAGUUUGCUGACUGUGUGCUUUAUCGGGAGGGAUCUGGAACUUUUGCCCUGAGGUGAGGGGUGGUGCAGACUUGAGAAUCCUGUGGCAUGGCAGGCCAUGGAGGGGUUGAUGGCAGUCCUUUCUGUGGGGGUGUCCCGUUUCUUCCUUAUCUCUUCUGGUUACUCAGCUUUUGAUGCUUCUGGCAUUGAGCUGAGCUGUUGCACAUAGCCAUGUAGCCUACAGUAACCUACAGGAGGGCAAAUCCCGCUUAGCUCCAUACUCAGCCUGGCAUUAGUCUUGGAUUACUGCCAGUUCUCCAAGAGGACGUGCUCUCUGGGUGAGGCUACCUUUAAACUCAGGCUGCGGCCCAGAGGUUCUUUCCGAAAUGCUUAACCACGGCGCCAACCAGGGCUCCAUGGUGUCCCUAGGUUCUUUCAACCUUUCAAUCCUCUGCCGAGCCUGUGGGCCUGAACCCUUUCAGGGCACUGCAGACUUUACUUCUGAGCCAGUUAUGGUAUUCCAGACUGUGGAGUAACAGGCCAGGGGAUAGAAGCUGCGUAUCUUCUGGGAGGGGAAAAAAAGGCUUCACAGGGCUUUCACUAAAGUGAGAGCAUCAGAACAGGCAUCAGGGACAGCAACCUGGGAGCAUGCUGUUAUAGGAAGUGGGUGCAGACGGACUUUUCCUGAGCACUUACCCUGCUCUAGAGAUAUAAGAUUAAAAAAAAAGAAAAAGAUUAGGGGAUCAUUAAAUCUUUACCAUCAUCUCUGAGGAGCUUGACUGUUACCCUCAUUUUACAGAUGCAGCAACCAAGGCUAGGAGAGGAGACUCAAAAGUCACAUAGCUAGCUAGUCCCAGUACUUGGAUGUGGACCUGGUGGUGCGACUGUAUCCGGGCUCCUAAUCCUGGAGCCAAGCCAGGUGUUUGUUGUGGGGGACCAGGGUUGACUGUACUCCGAGGACACAUAGUUCAGGGCAGGCUGCCUGACAGGCAGGUCAUGACAGUCGAGGGCACGAUAUGCUGGCAUAGGAACGCAAGAUGCUUAGGGCAGAGAGGAGGAAGUGCUUGCUGUGUGCCAGGGCUUGCUCUGGGGCAGAGCUCCAGGCAGAAAGAACAGCGUUGGUACAGAGCCAAGGGCUGCUGUGCACAGCACAGAAGGCUGCGCCUCAGGACUGGUGAGAGGCAAAGCUGGGGAAGCUGCUGGGAAGAGAGCUUCUAGCCUGGAGCCAGUAAGAGGAGGUGCGAGACCUAAAGCUUUCACUAACAGAGGUAGUAUGACCUUGGCCCGGCCUCCCCUCUCUGAGCCUCAGUUUCCUCGCCAAUGAACUAGGGACAAUCCCCCGCCUCCUAUGGCAGGUGAUUAAAAAAAAAAAAAGGCAAAUAGCAUACAUAGAGCAUUUCCUAGGCGUGUGCGCCUGUGUGAAAACAUGAUGCAGCCCCGAAAGGGGACCACGCACGCAAAGAAGCCAAGAGCGCUAGGACUCCGGAGUCGCUGACAAGAGCUCUGCAAACAACUCAGAGCCCGGCGCGCACGCGCGUCACAGUCACGUGUCUCAGGCGUUCGGCACGGGCCAAGGGAGGGGGCAGGCUCUGACUGACAGGCCAGUCGGCCUGUCAGCGGGAAUCACUCUUCGGAGCGGCGGGCGCAGAGGCCGUUGAUUGGGAACAGCCGCAGUUAGGGGAGGGUUCUUUGCAGUUCUGGUUGCUAUGACGCCCGGCCCCCGCCCCCUCGGCCGGCCGCCAUCUUGUUGUUGAUCCGUACCCAGUGGGCAGCGCCGGGAGCUGGACGGAGCGGCCGGAUUUUCAACUCAUUGAAACAACUGUCAAGGUCCAUUCAGGAGACGGAAACUGCAUAGUAAAUUUGAACAGAUGUAUGUAAUCUUGCCAACUCUACACACCUAAUUUAGAAAAUAUACUCAGUAUUAAAGAAGUUGCUAACUACUUUAACUGUCUUGAGAGAAAAUUGGCGUCACAAGGAGGGUGUUUGAGCACAAAGAUAAAGCUUUUCCCACUGGACAUAAGAAUAAGCUGAACAGACUCUGACAACUGGCUUUCAGCUCUCCAGGACUUUCUAUCCAGUUCUCCUUUUGUGGCCCAUGUGCUGCAUCCUCUGCCCUCAGUGUGCAGCCGGCCCCCAACGCAAUGU